AUGGUGGAGAGAAAGGCGGCCCAAGUAGCCGGGCGAGUAAGCCCUCCCCACAAUGGCCACCUUCCUAGACCGAGAGAGGAGGAGGAGGAGACGCUUCAGGUCGUCUCAGGCCUGGAGAGGAGGAGGGAAAGGCCGAGGGGGCGGCGGCAGCGAGCGAUCGUCCUGACCCGGCCGCGCCUUCCCUUCCCCGCCGCCGCCUCGCCUCAUUCACUCCCCCUCAGAGGCGGGGAGAAGAUUGUGGGGUGGCUGCCGCGUUUCCGCUUCGCCUCAGUCGGGAGUCGGGACGGCCGUGAGGUGGGACAUGCUGUGGUGCUGAUGGGGAGGCUGAGAGGGGCUUCUUCACCCUCGACCCACGGAUAGCCUGCGUGGGUUUUUUGUGGGGAAACGGGGUGGGGGUGGGGGAUUAAGAGACGGGCCAUCCCACCCACCCCUGCACAUCUUAUGUGGGGCUUUCUUGAUGUCUAGUAUGUGCGGGGUGUGUGUGUUAUAGUUUUUGUUUGUUACCACGUUAUGUAUUUUUGUGUUUUAAUAUUGCAAAAGCGCCCUGUGUUCCUCGGAUUAAGGGCAGUCUAGAAAUGUCAUAAGUAAAAAUAAAAUAGUGCGGGGCUCUGCCGCGUGAGGAGUGCGUUGAAAGAAGGGGAGUUUUAAAGCCUCUUUCUCGUGGAUUUCAGGGUGACUGAAGUAGUUGUGUGUCUGUGUGUGUGUGUGUGUGAAGGAUUAAGGAAUGUGUGCCCCCGCACCCGCUUCACACCCAUUAUCCAUGGGGCUUUAUUUAUUCAUAGCAUAGGGUUCUGCUGUGCUAGGGUGGAUUAGGAGAGGGACUUUGCAAGUCCUCGUGGAUUUAAGGGCGGCUGUCAAGUAGUUUGUGUGAGUGUGUGUGGGAUUAAUUAGGGGACCCCCCCUUCCAAACACAACUUUCCCCCCCACAAUAUUUCAAUCUUCUUUAUGCCCAACAGAUGGGGGGUCUGCUGUGUUGAGGUAGGUUAAAAUAGGGAGAUUGUAAAUCCUCACGUCCUCCAGGAGAUGGCUUUGAGUGUGACUGUGAGGUAGUUUGUGGGGUGGAGGAGUAUUAAUUUUCUUUUGUUGGGGGCGGGGAGGAGUGUUCAGAAGGGGACAGAGCUUCCUUCUGAGUGCCUCUUCUUCCAAACAUACUCAUAUAACUUUACAGUUGCCCUCAAUCUACCGUAUUUUCUGCAGGUUGUGGAGGAUACAUAGGUGGGGGGGAGAGGCUCCCUCUUUUAACCUGUUGCUGUUGGGGAUAGAAUGAGUUAAAAAGACGGACUUCUCCCAACCACCUGGAGAUAGAUUAUAUGGAAUUAAGUGUGAAGUUGAUGCAUGAUGUGUGUGUCUUAAUUCGGAAUGUCAGUGUUGCUGACUCUGCUUUUCUUGUGCUUCCCUUCCUUCCAGACCAGGAUGAGUGUCCACUAA